UGGAGAGAGGAGAAGAAGAAGAAGAAAGCAGGAGAGAGAGGAGAACUGUUGAGUUUUCUUUUGAUUAUUGUCAUGAAGAUCGCCAAGAGAUUAUACCAAAGGAUGACAAUAAGCUUGUGUCCACAAAAGCUGAAAUGGAUGAAGCUAAAGAAGAAAACCGAAGGCUAAAGUUAUCUUUGAGUAAAAUCAUGAGGGACUAUGAAAACCUUCAAACAGAGUACAAUCAAAUGGUUCAACAACAGUCAAAGAAAUCUCAAGAAGGGCAUGCAGAAGAAGGAGAUGGUGAUGAUGGUGGUGGUGGUGAAUUUAAUAAAGAAAGCGAAGAGUUCGUUUCGCUAAGUCUCGGACGACGAAAGUCACCGACCUCUAGCGGUUCGAUGAGGAAAGACGGGAAGAAGAAAGGUUUGGUAAUGGCGGAGAAAAAUGCCGAAGAGCAUGAUGGUGAAGGGUUGAGUAUUGCAUUAAUGGAUUACCAAGCUAUGAAUCCAUAUGGCAAAGAGGAGAAAGAAGAAACAUUAGAGAUCAAUUAUAAUAAUAAUGAUGAUAAUCAAAAUCAAAAUCAAAAUCUAGAGAGUAGUUAUGGGUUGAAGAACUAUGGAGAUGAUCAUGAUGAGGAGCUUCUGCAGCAAAACAUUGUUAAGAAACCUAGGGUUUCUGUGAGGGCAAGGUGUGAUGCCCCAACGAUGAACGAUGGAUGCCAAUGGAGGAAAUAUGGACAAAAGAUAGCAAAAGGGAAUCCAUGUCCACGAGCCUACUAUCGUUGUACUGUUGCGCCUUCAUGUCCUGUCCGAAAACAGGUGCAAAGAUGUCCGGAAGAUAUGUCAAUAUUGGUGACAACCUAUGAAGGAACACACAAUCACACAUUGUCAAUUUCAGCCACUCCCAUGGCCUCAGCCACCUCGGCCGCCGCCUCCAUUCUCCUCUCCGGCUCUUCCUCCUCCUCCUCUUCCUCGGCCACCACCGCCACCGCUAAUCUUCAUGGCCUUAACUUUUAUAUCUCAGGCAACUCUUCAAGACCUAAAUCAUCGUCCUACCUCUCACCCUCCAACUCUCUUUCUUCUUUGGGUCAUCCCACCAUCACUCUAGAUCUUACGAUGUCGAAUUCUUCAUUGUCAUCAUCAUCGUCGUCAUCAUUGCCAUCAUCACAACCAUUCAUCUCUCUUCUCAAGAACUUCUCUUCCUCCUCACCAAGUGGCAUCCCCAAUUCUUUUGCUCAACGGUCUUAUCCUUACACUAAUCUCAGCUUCUCAACCAACAAUGUCAAUUCACCGGUUACAUCCACAAAUACAUUGUAUUGGGCCGGUCAUGGAGGUGGCGUCCGUACAACGUACGGAAAUACAGUUUUGGGGAGUACUCAUCAAGUGCCUUAUCAUUUGAUCCAAAAUAACCGAACCGAGUCCGGACCUUCAGACCCUUUUGGAAGAUCGUAUUCGCAACCUAUCCAGAGCAACGUUACCAAGAACAUGAAUCAAGCGUCUCUACCGGCCGAAACCAUCGCAGCGAUUGCAACCGACCCGAAUUUCCAGUCGGCUUUGGCGAAUGUUCUAUCGUCGAUCAUAGUAUCAGGUGAUGGGAAUGUUGAUUUGAUCAAAGGUCAAGGUGAGAAGAACCCUUAGCCAUGGAUCAUAUAUAUAUAUAUAUAUAUAUAUAUAUAUAUAUGUGUGUGUAUAGUUUUAACUCAGAAAGCCGUAGUGUAAAGCGUAGCUUUGUUUUCAACAAAAAUGCAUGAAGUGUGUAGAAUGUUUUAGGCUCUCAAGUUGAGGAUACGUUUUGUUCCUUGAA